UCCAGCAGCUGCGCGUCCCGGUCCAGCGAAGAGAGUCUCUGGGAGCACAGAGUGCCCCACUCCGUGUACCGUCUGCAGAGGAAGAGAGCUGGGGGCAAAAGGAUGGCCUCAGAAGGAGAGAACAUCAAUCUUCAAGGCGUGAAUCCUCAGCUCCGGAUUAACGGGCCGAUGAACAUCAACCACUACGCAACGAAGAAGAGCGUGGCAGAGAGCAUGCUGGACGUGGCACUGUUCAUGGCAAACGUCACGCAGCUCAAAGCGGUGCUGGAGCAGGGGACAUCCUUCCAGUACUACACCACCCUCAUCGUGCUGAUCAGCAUCUCCCUCUUCUUCCAGGUGAUGAUAGGGAUUCUCCUCAUCAUCACUGCUCGUUUGAACCUGAAUGAUGUUGCAAAGCAACCCCGCCUGAAUAUACUCAACAACGCUGCCACAGCUCUCAUCUUUAUCACAGUCAUCCUCAACAUCUUCAUCACAGCCUUUGGGGUGCAGAAGACCGGCCUCUAUCCUACCAGGAAUUUUCGACCUUACUAAGUCAUGGGGCAAUGGGGUCAGGAUGUGAGCAGCAUGGCUGGUGGGGAAAGUCUGACCUCAGCAGGAGCCCAUCGACAAAUCCAGAGAAUUGAGUUAAACUUCCAAAACCAUGUGCAUGUUAUGGUAUACCGGCCCCUCACUGUGUAAGGCUUUUGCAGUUCCGACAGAGUGAAAACAGUCCCUUUCAAAGCUAGAGCAUACUUUGCUAGAGAAAGCUGCAGGAACAGCAGCAGGUAUACAAUUUCAAAGCACAGUUCUGUAAAUCUUAACUCUUAUUUUAGUUGCCUGCUUCACAUAUUCAGUAUUGGCACAUUUUGUAAAGAAGAUUGAAUGAUUUACUUUGUAGGCUAA